GAGACCCUUCUCCCGAGCACCAUCCAGAUUCUAGACCAGCUAAUCGAGCGUGUCCACACCCAGUACCGCGCUUGUGAUCGCGACAUCGUUAAGAAUGCUCUCCUGACCAGUAUGAAGGAGCAGAAUGAGGUUCUGUGUUAUGACCUCCUAGCCAGGAACGUUAAGGAAAUGCCGCCGGCCAGGGGGGGGGGCUAUCAGGGAUUACCCGAGGAUGUUUCGGAGGCCGGACGACGAGUUUUGUUUUCCCCUGCACCAGUUUUUGUGGGGCAUUGGGGGGAGGGAGAGGGUUGAUGAAGUUUAGUGUAGUUUCAAAUAGAGAGGAGGUGAGUGGUCAUCAGUCAGGUCUGAGAAAGAGGAAGAGAGGCAAGGGCUAAUGCCGAGGGAGGGGGUGUAGAUUCCAGGGAUUGGGAUUAGUAUUGCAAAGCUGGUGCUUAUGACAUUGUGUGGUGGGGUAUGCAUCGUUGGUUGGGAUUUGCGCUAGAGAUGUAGUCGAACUGGUAUAGGUGUGAUGUCUGUGUUGGAUAGGUGCGUCCAAACAGGUAACUUAUUCACCGGCGUCCCGUGGUAUCAGGUAUUGGGCGUGGAGGACUCAUAAUGCAGCUUAGAACCCUUCCAGUAGUCCUCGACUGUGGAACAGACGUACUGCAGACCUCGAUUUCACCCUCCCUGGACCCAAGGCCAAUAAAAUAACACUAACCAACCACAGAACCCGGAUCUCCUCGGCGAUGAACCCUACCUCGGCCUCCGCCAACUCCGAGUUCGCGGAAGAGAAUAUGAUUCCCCUUUCCCCCUUCGUGCUAUGAACUCCCCCUUGGGCCCUCGCUCGUAUAUUUGGUGGCGGGCGACUUUGUAGACACCUUCGUAGAGGCGGUUCGUAAACUCUUCCCCAAAGCCACCCUCCACUUUGGGGACUUUGGCCUAGGGAAUGCAGGGAGGCUGUUGGAAAAGCACAGACCGGAAAUGGCCUGCAUUAACGACGAUAUUCAGGGAACUGCCAUCAUGACUAUGGCCGUUAUAACUACGGCGGUAUGGGUAGUAAAGGUGGAGUCGCUCGACCUGUGCACUCUGGUAUACGGUGUAGGGACUGCAGGGACUGAUAUGGUGUACCGCUCAUGGCCCUAGGAACGAGGUGCUGGGAAGGGUUGAUAGACAUCGCAGAUCAAUUUCGCGACGCAGUGAUUGAAGGCGGGAAAUCUAAAGAGGAGGCAAUUAAACAGAUCUGGUAUCGCCUCCCUAAAGCCACGCUUGCUUCAGAAAACAUGAUACUAACCCGACUUCUAGGCUAGGUUAGUGGAAAAACAAGGUCUCCCCUUGCGCUCAUGCUCUUCAACUCUAACCCUGGCGCAAAAGACCUACACCGCUACAGACCCCAACUUCGCCUCCGUCGACAUGGCAUGCCCCUCGGACGUGCUCGCAUAGACCGAUGGGAAAGCGCUGCUAGCUACCGGCCCGCCCUUCCCCCCCGUCAUGCUCGGAAAAACCAGGAAACCCUAUACAUUGCCGAGUGCAAUAACGCUACCGCCUUCCCCGGCAUCGGUCUCGGUGCUGUGCUCUCACGCACGGACAGGAUCUCGAAUAGGAUGCUUCUUGCCGCGAUUAGGCGCCUCGCGGAGGACGCGCCUACGCUGAAGGAUCCGGAUGCGCCACUGUUGCCCGAUGUGGCAGAUAUUAGGGAGGCUAGUAAGGAUGUGGCUUACGCGGUUAUUAGGAGUGCGGUGGGGGAGGGUUUGUCUCGGUUUGCAGGAAUUCCCGAGGGAGAAGAGGGUGAAUACUCGAGUAGAGGUCGAAGAUGUGAGUACUCGUAGAGAUGCAGAUGUGGGAGCCUAAGUGCAGGGCAUCGAAAAAAAUCAGGCCUGUUGCGAACUCCAGGGCGGCAAAGGAUGAGUUAGGGGUUGGUAGGAGGGCGUAG